AUGACGGAUGGCCAACGCACCCGAGAGUUCAUGAUGUCCCAGUGCACCUCGGACUCCUACGAUCGCUCCAUCGACAUACCCAUGGCUGAUAACAAUAUGGACUCGGGUGCUGGUGGUGGUGAUGAUUCCCAGCCAUGGCUUGCCCCGCAGGCAAUGGCGACGGGCGCUCAAGCUCUUCCCUGGGAUCUCUACGCCUCCCACUUGAACUUGUUCGACAGGACGAAGGAUGACGACGUCCUGCACGAUGGCUCUACCAGAAACUUCUUCCUUCUCGGCAAUCUUCCACCUCCGCUGUCGGAGUCCAUGGUCGCUAAUGGCUUCCCGGAAGACGCAUUGGCGUAUCAGCAGUCGCUCCUGACGACCGCGAGCAAUCUGCACUGCCACAAUUUUGGUGCGGAGUCGUCAGUGACUCGGGAGAUCGCCGGUCACGGUAAGGAGUCCCUGAAGAUGGAAGGCAAUGCCCGAAUCGAGUCGGGCUCGGAAGGCAGCGACGAUGACGAGGAGCACCGGCCGGCGAGGAGGUCGGGCAAGCAACACUGCUCGAAGAACCUCUUCGCGGAGCGAAAGAGAAGGAAGAAGCUCAACGAUCGGCUCUAUGCUCUGCGCGCAUUGGUUCCAAAGAUCACAAAGAUGGACAGGGCUUCGAUACUAGGAGACGCCAUCGAGUACGUGAUGGAUUUGCAGAAGCAAGUGAAGGAUCUGCAGGACGAACUGGAGGAGACGAAUCAGGAGGACGACGGCCACGACAAGCAGAUCGGAAGCAACCUCCGCAACAGCAACAGCCAAAUGGAUGUCCCGAUCCCAAAUGGGUGGCUGGAUCACGACGAUUCUGGGAACAAUCCCAGGACGGCAGCCGCCGCCGACGAUAACAAGCCAUCAUCCGACAAGGGUCAGCAGAUGGAGCCACAGGUGGAGGUGAGGCAACUGGAGGCGAACGAGUUCUUCCUGAAGGUGCUGUGCGAGCACAAGCAAGGAGGGUUUUCGAGGCUGCUGGAAGCGAUGAGCUCCCUGGGACUGGAAGUAACCAAUGUCAGUGUCACCACGUACGGGAGCCUAGUCUUGAACGUCUUCAGAGUUGAGAGAAGAGAUGAUGAAGUGGUGGAAGCAGAUCGAGUGAGGGACUCAUUGCUGGAGGUGACGCGAGAUCCGCAAGGGUGGUCAGGGCUUGCACAAGCAGUGGAGUAUCAGCAGCAGCACCCCCAGCACGGCCACAGCCACCACGAGCUCGGCUUCGACCAUCACCUUCAUUACCUUCACCACCAAGCAUAGCUUGGCAACACAAUGGUGUGCUUCACAAUGAUUGUAGUUUGAGCUCAUCUACCGUGUUAUUAGUCCUCUUAUAUUCUCUAGGAGAAAUAUAGAAAUGGGGGC